GUUUAGUUUUCCUUGUUUGAUUCAUCACAGUGUCUACAAGAAUGUAACUUAACUAACGAGUGUAGAGCUCAUAGUGGCUUCGACUGGCAGCCAAUGGGAGUCACAGGCCGCAAGAGCCAACUCGCCUCCCCAGGUUUGUUCCUCAUUUCCACCCGUCUCUAGCGGAGCCGUCUGGGUACUGUAGUCCCGUCCCUUCCCUUUUCGGCUCCUCACGACUCCCGCGGAGGCGUCUGGGUACUGUAGUCCUGCUCCUCGGGCAUUGUUUGGUGCAUGGAGGCCGCCCGUCCUCAAUUCUGAUGUGCCUCUGAGAUUUGACUCUUCUCUAGGAAGAGCACUCAGGAAAUCAGGAAUAUGGCCCCAGGGCCCCUCGUAACCAAGGACAAGGCACCCGUGGCCUUUGGUGAUGUGGCUGUGGACUUCACCCUGAAUGAGUGGGAGCUACUGAGUCCUACCCAGAGGACCCUAUACAGGGAGGUGAUGCUGGAGAACUACAGCCAUCUGGUGGCUCUUGGAAUUGCAUUUUCCAAACCACAGCUCAUCAUACAACUGGAGAAAGGGGAUGAGCCCUGGAGAGAGGAGAGUAAAUUUCUUCUGGACCUUGAUCCAGCAGGGCCAAGGACAGCAUCCCAGGCUUGUCUUUCCUGUCCAGUGGCUUUUUCAGACCCACCGUCCUUUCAGCAGUAUGUGCCGUAUGAGCAGCCUCCUCACAUCUUCCCAAGAUCACCUGGAGGACUUAACUUCCACCUAGAAGAUCCCUGGCCAGAUGAACAGAAGCAUCAGCAGCAACAACUUCCUGAUCUGAACUACUGGUAUGAAAAAGCAGAAGAUAGAGUUGUAGAAGGCUCCAGCACCUUAUUUAGGGGGAUAGAGCAGAGUGGCACCUCAAGGGCUUUCUUUAGCCUACCUCGAGGAGAGCCACUAAGCUCUACAGAAGGCAGCAAGGUAGGGGGAGUGGCCCUCAGCCAAGCCCAAAGGAAGAAGCCUGAGGAGUCAGAGAAGAUGUUAAAGGGGGUUGAGACUUCAGAAUUUGGAGCAGGCGUGUACAGAAAGUGUAGAAGAUUUAGCAAAAAGUCAGCCCUGUUCCCCCACCAGAAAUACCAUGAAUGCACGGAAUGUGGGAAAGGCUUUUGCCAGAGGUCACAGCUUCUCUCACACCAGAGGAAGCACACGGGGGAGAAGCCAUACACGUGCAAGGAGUGUGGGCGGCACUUUAGGUAUAGAUCGUCGCUCAGGAAGCACAAGAGGAUCCACUCUGGGGAGAAGCCUUUUGUAUGUGAUGAGUGUGGGCGAGGCUUUUGCCAGAAGAUCACCCUCAUCCUGCACCGGAGGACACACUUGGAAGAGAAGCCUUUCCAGUGCGGUCAGUGUGGGCGCGGCUUCUGCCAGAAGGCCUCCCUCAUCCUACACCAGAAUUCGCACAGCCAGGGGACGGUACGCUUUCCGUGCCCCGAGUGUGGGCGAGUCUUCGUCCACAAGUCUCAUCUCGCCACCCACCAGAGGCUGCACUCGGGAGAGAAGCCUUUCGUGUGCCCUGUGUGUGGGCGAGGCUUCUGGCAGGAGUCUGUCCUCCUCAACCACCGGGCCACCCACUCCGGGGAGCGGCUUUACGUGUGCAGGGAGUGUGGCCGGGGCUUUGGCCGGAAGAACACCCUCACCAGGCACCAGAGGACGCACACCAGGGAGCGGCCUCAUCUGUGCAGUGAGUGCGGGCAGAGCUUCAGUGUCAAGUCCGCCCUCCUGCAGCACCAGAGGAUGCACGUGGUGGAGAAGCUCUCCGUGCAUGGGCAGUGUGAGCCAGGCUCAGACCUCCCCUCUCCACAGGCAGCCGCCUCAGCAGAUAAGCCAUGCGUGUGUGGUGAAUGUGGGCGCAGCUUUAGCAACAGCUCAAACCUCAUCAGACACAAGAAGAGGCACUCUGGGGCGAAGCCCUACGUCUGCAGCGAGUGCGGACGUGGCUUUAGCCAGAGGUCCCACCUCAACAGGCACUGCACAACACAGUCCUGCCAUCAGAGGCCACAGCCACAGGGCUGCCCUCCUGACCUCUUCCUUUUCCCAUGAGAGGGAAGGUUACCACCACACCCUCACUGCAAUCCUACUCCAUAUUUUAUGGCCUUUUGCUUAAUACACUGCUUCUUUACAAAGCUGGUGGUGCACGUCAUUUGCUCAUCCGUCAGUGCAACCAGGCGCAAGAGGGUUCAAGAGAACG